UGUGUUUUUAUUGUGACCUUCUGUUACUGGCGUGAACACUCAGACUCUUUCAGACGGACGAAAGUUUGUUGUCCAUCUCCAGUGGAAGUCUGUCUGGUUUCUUCAGAUUGCACUAUGUGGCGUCUUCUAGCUGGGUUUGUGCUUCUGCUGAGUGCUGCAGAUGCCGCACCAGUUGGUGACAGAACAGUUCCUGAUUUUGGAAAAAUGUAUCAUGUCAAAGGUGAGCUGAAUUUGCCUUAUUCUGAUGAUUCUGGGCUAAAGGAACCAUUUGAAGUUUGGUACGACCUCGAGGGGAACAGAAGUCGCAUUGACUAUCGUAAUAGUACAGUGCGCACUUUUCUGAUUGGAAACGACUUGGAUUAUGGCGUUAUUUACCAAGUCACACCAGUGCCAGUUAAAGAAAUUAAAUAUUUCCAGCUUAAAGGAACAAAGGAGGAUCCAAUACGUCCACAGGCGGCACUGCCUGAUCUGCAGGGCUUUGAAUUUGAGAAGAUGGAGGAUUACUCAGGCGUUCAGUGUGAGGUCUGGAAGAAGGUCACACAGGCUGGUCAUAAGAAGAACACAUAUCGUCUGUGGGUCAAACGUCCAGAGGGAAGUGAUUCCCCAGCCGUCCCGUACCACUUUGAGAUGGAGGGCUUCAACACUCUUUUGGGGUUAUACAAUGACAAAUACAUGAUUGACUACACUGACUUCAGCUCACACACUGAAUCAGACAUUUUCACACCCCCUGGAGGAAUGACCUAUGAGGAGUUUCCGGAUCCUCCUGAGGAGCAUCAAAUAUUGGCCAAUCCCCUUCAAGACUAUGUCAGCACCUCCCCUGUUAGCCACGCCCACCGAUUGUUCGGCCCCUUUAAGGAGAAGUUUGAGCGUCAUUAUAAAAGCGAGAAGGAGCAUGAGGAGCGUGAGAACUACUUUGUACAUACUUUUCGGAGUGUGCACUCUACAAACAGAGCCGGUCUUACAUACAGCCUCGGUAUCAACCAGUUUGCUGAUUGGUCAGAGGAAGAGUGGAGGAAGUACUGUUAAAAUUGAUUAGUUGACUUAAUAAUCUGUGACUGAACAAUGAAGUAAAUAAACACCUCUCUUAAUUAGAGGAAAAAUGUGUGAAAAAUUGAAGUUGCACUAACUUGAGUGCAUUGUUUUUCUACUAGUUUACUUCAUUAGAUUAAGAAAAUUUAGUUGAAGUUAAAUUAAGAAAAGCAGAAUUAGAAGUUACACCCAGAAUUUAUCAUGUAGUGACUUUAAGUAACUAGAAACCACUUCAUCCUUAUAAAGAAGACACAAAAAAUCCUGCUUAUUCAGAGGCUGAAGAAAGUCCAUGUGACAUAUGGCAUCAACGUACCACGAGAGAUUUGAGAGCAACUGAUUGGAGACAGCUUCUCCAGAGCGACUGCACGAGCUGUGAUGACGACAGCUAUUUCCUGAUUGGCCAGAAUUAACAAUGAUGUGCUUUUUGACACUGUAAAAACUUUAUUCAUGUUUGUCAUUGUAACUGUAUGGAUUGUUACUCUGUUCAAUAAUAAUAAAAAAAAAAGGUUAAAAAAAAAAAACUCUUUUCAUGUAAUUUAAUGUUAUAUUGGUUUAUGUUUACCAAAAUAAAACUCAUAAAAAUAUAAAGUUUAUAUAAAGUGUCCGACUCGAAUCUUCUGAUCAGUAAGGGAAGGUCCAUCCCAACUCAAACCACUGGAGUUGUUUGGAUUACUUGAACAUGACCUUUAUGUCCUUUUUGGAGCUUGGGACUGUUAGAUCCAUUGGAUGUCAUAGGAUGAGAAAUGGCACAACGUAUGAUUUCGCCCUGAGGCAUCAAUUUAUUCAUCAACUUUCUCAAUCUCGAGUUUUUGGGGUUCUAAAAUAGAUAACAUUCAGUGGAGGAAAACAUGGUUAUUACCAUAUAAAUACUGUAUACCCAAUAAAGUGAAAGUUUUGCAUAGUAUAUACCCUUGUAAUGCUCUUGUGUCAAAAAUUUGUGAUUUAGCUGAUAUAUGCACCUUCUGUAAAAAAGAAAGUGAAGAUAUUUGUCAUUUAUUUUUCUCAUGUAAUGUUUCAUCGCUUUUCUGGAAAGAUUUGAGUUCCUAUUGUUUUUCUAAAGUUAAUAUGAACUGUAAUUUACAUAUUUAAGGAUGUUAUUUGCUUAAAACAAAUCUUUAGAAUUUACUGUUAACUUUCUUAUCCUUGUGGCAAAAUUCUGUUUUCACAAACAAAGGUUUCUUAAGAAAAUGCCUGCUUUUAUAGAUUUUUUAUGUGAAGUAACAUUUAAUCAAAUCACUAAGAAUAAUUAAUAUCAAAAAAUUUAUUUCUUUUUUGAAGAGAUAUGAUGAAAUCUUAAUGAUUAAUACUUGUUUUGGUGUUGUUGUUUUUUUGUUUGUUUUUUUAUCCUCUUUCUUUCUUUGUUUUGUUCCUGCUUUUCUUUAUGUUCUUAUUUAAAUGUAUCUUUCUUUUUUUAACAGUCAUUGUCAAUUUAUUUUUUUUCUCUUCCAUAUGUUCAGAUGACUGGACGUAUGCAAAGUUGUAUUUCAUGUCAUCUCUAAAUUGUUUGCAAUAAUAAUAAUAAAGAUUUCGCUCUGAGGCACCAAGCCAGAAUCGCCACAGGGCGGAUCAUAACCUUCAAACAUGGCGGAGGAGGAGAGAUCCAUUGACUAUGCCGCACCAGUUGGUGGCAGAACAGUUCCUGAUUUUGGAAAGAAGUAUCAUGUCAAAGGUGAGCUGAAUUUGCCUUAUUCUGAUGAUUCUGGGCUAAAGGAACCAUUUGAAGUUUGGUAAGACCUCGAGGGGAACAGAAGUCGCAUCGACUAUCGUAAUAGUACAGUGCGCACUUUUCUGAUUGGAAACGACUUGGAUUAUGGCGUCAUUUACCAGAUCACACCAGUGCCAAUUAAAGCAAUUAAAUAUUUUCAGCUUAAAGGAGCAAAGCAGGAUCCAAUACGGCCACAGGCGGCACUGCCUGAUCUGCAGGACUUUGAAUUUGAGAAGAUGGAGGAUUAAGCAGGCGUUCAGUGUGAGGUCUGGAAGAAGGUCACACAGGCUGGUCAUAAGA